AACAAAUGGCUCCUCUAAGGUAUAUUACACAUAUAGCACUUCCGUUCGAAGUGGAACAGUUUCUCCUUGUGGUAUUAUGGUUUCUCAUCGUGCAUUUGCGUUCUGAUAUCGUUGAUGAAGCGAAUCGUGUACAAUCGGUGCCGACACGGAAGCUGCUGACAGAGUAUGAUUAUAUCGUAAUCGGUGGAGGAUCAGCUGGCUCGGUGAUAGCUAACCGAUUGUCAGAAGAUGAAAAUUGCAACGUGCUUCUGCUCGAAGCUGGCGUCGACGAAAUAGUUUUAUCUGAUGUGCCCAUAAUCUUUCCAUUUCUUCAACGGACGUUUCUGGAUUGGUCGUUUAAAACGGAGCCGUCAUCGAAUUAUUGCUUGGCGAUGCAAAAUCAUCAAUGCACAUGGCCACGUGGCAAGGUACUAGGAGGUAGUAGCGUGCUAAACGCAAUGUUUUAUGUCCGUGGUAAUAAGAGAGAUUACGAUUCUUGGGCUGCUCUUGGUAACGCGGGGUGGGAUUACGAGAGUGUCCUGCCGUACUUUAAAAAAUCCGAAGAUGCCAGAGCCGAGGAACUGACCAACUCGUCUUAUCACCAGAAGGGCGGAUACCUGACAGUGGAACGCUUCAAAUACGAUCCACCGAUCGUCGAUUAUAUCGUUCGUUCUGGUGAGGAACUGGGAUACAAGAUGCACGAUAUAAACGGCGAAAAUCAGACUGGCUUCACGUAUUCUUACGGCACGUUACGGGAUGGACUACGAUGCAGCACUGCCAAAGCUUUCCUUCGACCCGCCUCGCAAAGGAAGAAUCUGCAUGUCAGCUUGGAAUCGUUCGUAGAAAAAAUACUAGUUAAAGAAGACAAUACAUUGAAAGUGGCAUAUGGAGUAUCGUUUCGCAAGAAUAAGAAACAUUUCAUAAUUCGAGCAAGACGCGAAGUGAUCCUUUCCGCAGGUGCGAUACAAUCGCCGCAAUUACUGAUGCUGUCGGGAAUCGGACCAAAAGAUCAUCUUGAAGAGAAGAAGAUACCUGUGGUGCACCACGUACCCGGUGUAGGACAAAAUCUUCAAGAUCACGUGGGAAUAGGCGGAUUGACCUUUCUUAUCGAGCCUCCCCCUGACAUUCCAGAGUCGGAUAAUUUCACGUUGAGGCUGUUGAAAUCAGUAAAGCUUGAAAGCCUUCUGGAAAUGAUAUGGAACAGUACUGGACCGUUAUAUGCAGCACCGACAAGCGCAGGGAUGGCGUUUAUCAACACCAAAUAUGCCGACGACACGAUUGAUUACCCGGAUAUACAGCUGAUCUUUAGCGCUUCAGAUCGAGGAAUGACAAAUUCGUAUCUCAAUGAUAUCAAUUUAAGUAUCAAUGCUGCCUUAUAUGAAAAUAUCACGGAAAAUUUUCAAGUGAUGGACGUUCUUCCAAUUCUUAUGAGACCACGUAGCAGAGGCUUUAUCAAACUCAAAUUAAUCGACCCGUAUAAAGCUCCCGCCAUCGUUCCAAAUUAUUUUGAGGACUCUCGUGACCUCCAAAUUUUGAUAGAGAGCGUGAAAUUUAUCGAGAGAUUACUGCACACUGUUCUCCUGCAGAGAUUAAACGCCCGUAUGAAUCCGAACAAAAUACCAAGCUGUGCACAGUUCGACAGUUCGUCGGAUCAGUAUUGGGCUUGUCAUUUACGUCAUCACACCUUGUCGAUUUUCCACCCGGUUGGCACUUGUAAAAUGGGCCCUGCCAGUGAUCCCAGUGCGGUUGUUGACGCUCGAUUGCGAAUACACGGGAUCACGGGUCUGCGAGUAAUCGACGCAUCGAUAAUGCCGCACGUAAUCUCGGGCAAUACGAAUGCUCCGACAAUUAUGAUAGCAGAAAAAGGCGCAGACAUGAUAAAAGAAGAUUGGAAGACAAAUUUAUCUGUCUACGGAAUGUCAGGGGGCUAUACAUCGAUCAAUCCGCCUACACUCACGUGAUCUUGAAGAUUCUGCAAUGCACGUGUACUUGAGAUCUUUGUCUCUUCCAGAUUAUCUUCGACUCGAUCUCUAAUCAGUAUUUAUGUAAUAAUAAUCCGUAUAUGUAAGACUCUUCGUUAUUCUCGUUAAAGUUUAUUCAACUUCCAGGAACGAUUCCAAGCUGCCACGUAGAUUUCUUUUCUUCAAACUGGUUCGAAGAAAAACUUUGGCUGUGCUGCAUCGUAGUCCAUCCCGUAACGUGCCGUAAGAAUACGUGAAGCCAGUCUGAUUUUCGCCGUUUAUAUCGUGCAUCUUGUAUCCCAGUUUCUCACCAGAACAAACGAUAUAAUCGACGAUCGAUGGAUCGUAUUUGAAGCGUUCCACUGUCAGGUAUCCGCCCUUCUGGUGAUAAGACGAGUUGGUCAACUGACUCGAGGAACUCUCAGCUCUGGCAUCUUCGGAUUUUUUAAAGUACGGCAGGACACUCUCGUAAUCCCAUCCCGCGUUACCCACAUAAGAGCAGUCCAAGAAUUGUAAUCUCUUUUAUUACCACGGACAUAAAACAUUGCAUUUAGCACGCUGCUACCUCCUAGUACCUGAAGUAUCAAUCAUCAUUAUCACCAUCAAGCUCUAUGUACUGUUUUAUUAUAUCGUUCAGAAUAAAGAGAGCACUUGUUCCGA